GUCCUUAUCGUCGGCAGCAAGUUGAAGGGCGUGGUCUUCAUCCAGAGCAGACUCCAAGGUCCUCAACACCGUAUCACGAACAACUUGGCACACAGUCAUUAUCUGGCACAUUCAUGGGUCGAGAUGAUGUUGUCAGCCCCGCUCCUAAAGUGGGCGUGAGAUACAAGCCUAGAGAUAGAGAACCUACAACAUAUGUUGAGCGAUUACAAAGACUCAGCUCAGACGCACCGCGGACUCACAAGCAUAAAAAUGUGUAUGUUGGUCCUCCUCAAAAAGAAACGUACAAAUCACCACGGCUAUACUCCCCAACAACCAGACAUCAGCCGUAUCCUAAGCAACGUCAAAGGUCAUCAGCAGUUGACGAGAUGGAUGAAAAGUCAGGGUUGAGUGACCUGAGCUCCUGGAACGUUUCUGAUGAUGUCAAGAAUAUUCUACAGAGACAGGACAGCCUGGAGGGGGAUGCGGGCAGAUCAACAGAUGAUGAUAUCAGCAUCGCAGGUUUGGAGUAUGACGAUUACGCAGUGUCAGUAGAUAUCAAAGAACUGGAAGAAAUAGCAUCUGUUAGCAGUGGCAGUGUCUUGAGUAAUAUAGACUGGGGAGCUGUGGAUAGGAUGAUAGCUGAUGUGCACUGAGAAGUCGGGGUAAAAGACAGAUAAGUACUAUUCUCGUAUUAGCAUCUGAGCCACUGUGGAAUGCCACUGCUGUGGAAUGCCACCGCUGUGGGAUGCCACCACUCUGGGGUGCCACCACUAUGGACUACAACCAUGGUAGCAUCUUGAGCCACUACGGGAUUCCACCACUCUGGAUUGCUACCACUGGGGUGCCACCAUUAUGAGCUGCAACUAUGGUAGCAUCUUGAGCCACCAUGAGAAGCCACCACUGUUGAAUGCCACCGCUGUGGGAUGCCACCACUCUGGGGUGCCACCACUAUGGACUACAACCAUGGUAGCAUCUUGAGCCACUACAGGAUUCCACCACUCUGGAUUGCUACCACUGGGGUGCCACCAUUAUAGCUGCAACUAUGGUAGCAUCUUGAGCCACCAUGAGAAGCCACCACUGUGGAAUGCCACCGCUGUGGGAUGCCACCACUCUGGGGUGCCACCACUAUGGACUACAACCAUGGUAGCAUCUUGAGCCACUAUGGGAUUCCACCACUCUGGAUUGCUACCACUGGGGUGUCACCAUUAUGAGCUGCAACCAUGAAAGCAUCUUGAGCCACUAUGAGAAGCCACCACUAUGAGAUUGCACCAUAGGAUGCCAUCACUACGGGAUACAACCACAGUAGCAUCUUCAGCCACUGUGAGUGCUUGAGAUAUUUUGCAAAGCCUUGAACUAGCUUGAUAAGCCCUCACUUCUGCACAGACAGUGAUCAAACUAGUGCAUAUUCAUCUGUCUUGAAGUUUCUGUUUGAAUUCCCAUUAUGUAUGAGUGAUCCCUGCAGACAAUUUGACAAUAUUUUGUUUGGAGGGAUGUUACCAUUUCUGUUUUGUCUGAUUGUGUUGUGGGACUUUUUCAUUUUCCUUCCUUCCAAAAUGUGUGGUUGACUGAAUUUUGUAAUGUUCGUCAUGAACCAGCGAAGAAAUUGUAUGUGCAUUCGUUCUGUGUCUGACAAGUAAAUGUCUCCUUUGAGUCUUCAGUUACAGUAUAAAGAAAUGUGAUGUUUGAUAAAUGUAGAGGUCACUAACGAAGGUUUUGGUCCAAGUAUUUGUUCUAUGUUCUCUGAUCGAAUUUCCAUAAACAAGUGUCAGUACAACGACCUUGUCAGUUCUGUGAAUGGGUACGCUUUCAUUUAUAGGAAUACAUAUACCGUAAUUUACCACUGAAAAAUGCACAUCUACAUACAUCACAACUUCAAAAUUGACUUAAAACUUGGCUUGUACAUGUACUUUGCCUGCUUCAUUGUACUUUGAACAUGAGAUCUAAGUUGUUUUUCAUGAAAAAUGCCCAACCUAGAUUACAAAGUGAAUUUUUUUUAUAUUUCAUUGUCAGACAAGAAGUUACAUGUAUCUUAUAGGUAAACAUCAUGACCUUGUCACAGAUAUGCCUCAAUUUCAUGUAUCUGGGGAUUUCUUGGUGAUGUUAUCCAUUAUCUUGAUUUAUAUAUAACAUAUGAUCUGGUGUACAAUUUUCAUGCAUUGUCCUGAGUGGCCCUAUUCCAUCGGUCAGAAAUUGCUUACAUUGUUAUUUAUACAUUGACUUGGCGAGCUUUUAAAUUUGCUGAGACAUUCCCACACUUGACAGUGAUCCUGCCAUUUAGAAGGAUGCAUUGCAUCUUGUGGCAUUACUUAGAUGCCCUGUUUUUCCCUUGGGCAUGAUGGGAUAAUCUUAAGAUGACAGCUGGAGCCCAAAGCACUAUGAUUGUUUUUCUAUUUGGUUAGUAAUCCUUGUGAUAACAUUCUUGGUAGGUUUACAGUGUUGAAAUGAUUGAAAUGAGGUUAUAAUUUACAAGCUGCCUACAGGUUGCCAUUACAGGCUGACUGUCAUGCAAAAUUGUAAAUUACUUGUUUAAGGCCAUACCAGUUUUUGACUGCUUUUUUAUUUGCAAAGCAUGAGAGAGCUACAUGUAGCUAUAUUUCUAAUCCAAAACAAGAGUGCACACAUUCUUUUCAUAAUAUCAGAUCCCAAAUGUUUGUUUUUUUCCUUUUUUCCAUUACUGAUACAAGGUAACUACAUGUAUUAUAACAAGGCAAUUUGUUAAGUCCCAAGGACCAUAACAUUGUUCCACUCAUCAUGUCUGUUUUCCCUUGAGGUGCAUUUCCUUGAUCAUUAUAAUGGCAUGUGCAUCAUAGUCAGUUGCUGAUUCAGGGGUAGAACUCUUCCUCAAGCCUAUAGGCACACAUGUGCACCUGUGCAUCUAUUAAAUCAAAUUGAUGACUCAGCAGGGCACCGUAUGUUUGACUGGAGCUAAACUACUAAGUGCUUGUAUUUUGGAGAUAUGACCAUUUGCAUGUAAAUAUGUUUUCAAUUUUUGAGGCCAUUUUAUUAUGUUGUAAUCCUGAUUUUCAAAGAUAUGAUUUUUGAUGAUGCAAUACAAAGAAAGCAAUGUCAAGCCUUGAGCCACGUAUCUGUUAAAAGAUACCCUGGGCCAAUUUUUACUAAGCGUAAGUUAGAAUAACCACCCCAUCUGAAAUUUCCAGAAAAAAAAAUAUUGGUGUUCAACAGUUAACCGACAAACCACGAUAACAUCAAUAAAAGGGAAUCGAUAUGUAAUUGGGCUGCCAUUCGUGGCUUCCACAAAGGUCAUCCAUUGCAAGGAUACUUAAAUUGAAUCAGAAUUGUAUUUGUUUGAUUUUCAUUGAUGAUGUCAGAGUGUCUUUAAUGUACAUGACAUGUGACUGAACAGAAAUGUUCUUCAGAAUUAAUGUUAAAGAAAUUCAUAUGCUGCCUGUUCUAGCUGGAACAAAUUCUGUCACGUUUUGAAUGAUAUGACUCUUUUUCUGUGUAGCUUAUUACAGUUGUUCAUCAUUUUGGUCAAAAUUAAUUUGGGGACAUUUUAAUGUUUUUUUAAAUUAAAGUUGGAGUCAUAGACAGGAUGAAGAGGUCAUUUUGUAGAGUACCAGAAGUCUUGCUUAUAUUUCUAGUCAGCCAAAUAUAUAAAUUACUUUUUUCAACAGGUGCAAACUUAAACUGUCCACCUGGAUUAAUUAGCCAGCAAAUAUUUAACCAGACUUUGAUUCUAUGCUGUACUAUACUUUUGUUACAUGGAUGUGAUAUUCUUGGUAUAUAGGCAGGGUGCUAAGGUAAAAUAUAUUUAUUAGUCCGCAAAUAAAGUGUUACUUAUUCACUAUGUUACUUCACCUUCCAGAAGUUACGGUAGAUUUCUUCUCCCACAUGUACCUGUUUGGUUGGAGUUUAUUUUUUGUGACAUGGGGCGGUGUUUUUGUCAUUUAGGUCUAGGAACUCUGCUGGUAGUUGUAACUUUUGUAUUAUUACACUAUCCAUUCCAGAAAUUAUACAGUACUGUCAUACUAGUUUACUACAGUGGCACAAUUUAGUGAGUAUAACCACAAGACAUUUGUUGUAGUAUAAUAUGCCAUGUCAAACAGUUACAAAUUUGAUGCUUUAUAACUUACUAUAAUAGUAACAUCUAUCUUGUAAUUUAUUUCUAUUUGAUUUGUCAAGGUUUAUUCCCUUAUUUGGUAAAGGUUAUUCCUACCUGUAUGUUUUCACAGAGAGGGCCUUGUAACAGUUAACAGAUGGAGAUUUGUGAAAUUUUUUGUAUUAUUAUUUGAGAGCUUAUUAUAAAUUCAUUUUAAUUACUCUUACAAUUCCAGAAGAUAUGUUUGGCAUUCGUUUGAAGUGUGCAUUCAGAAGCAGGGUAUGUAGUCAAUUAAUACCAAUCGCAUGUAUGUUCUAAACUGGUAGAACUCUCAUGAGGGACAUUCAUUGUUAAUAACAUUAUUUGUUCAUUAGUUUUAAGUGAAAUUUUGCCACAACAAUUUUGCAGUGGGUAAAUUAAUUGACAAGUGGUUAUCCUCAUACUAGUUUUAAGAGCAGUGUUUACAAAAUAUGAAAUAUUAUUCCUUGAAAUUUUCAACAAAUAUAUAAUAUGUUGAAUUAUAAUUGGCCAAAUUUUGUACAUUUAGAAGGAAACUUUUAAAUGUUUGGAUGAAAUGGUUAUCAAAAUCAAAUUAUAAGAGAGGAAUUUACAUUAUAUGUACACAGGCUCUUGACAGACGGUAAAACCUUAUUUUCUUGUAACUAUUUCAUUUUAAAUUUCAGGGUUAUUACUUGCAGUUUUGGGGGUAAUUUUCAAUAGUAAUACAAGUUUGCAUGAUACCUGUAUGUAAUUUGGCAAGUGGUUAAUCUUAUAUCAUUUCAAUCACACACAUUCAUUGAUCGUCAAAAUUUCAACUGGUUUGCAUCAUUGAAAAAAUUAUCAGCGAUGGUUUGAAUAAUUGUAUGCAAUAAAAUGCGCAAUAUUGUAUUCAUAAGUUGCAUGAACAAUUAAAUUUUAUGAAAUAUUUGAAUAAAGUUUACUUAUACAUGUA